AUGGGGUCGAGGCAGAACACUCAAGGACCCCGCCAGCAGCCAAGGGCACUGCAAAUGGAAUCAAGGGGAAAUCGCGAUCAACCUCCGCAACAACAACAACCUUACCGCCCAAGACUUCUUCCCAAGGUUAGAGCAUAUGCAUUGAGUCAGAAACAACCUAAGACUGAACAAGGGAGUAACCAAAACGGAUACCUGGCAGGUAUGGGCAAAAUUCUCGACACUCAUGUCGUUGUGUUGUUUAAUACGGGCGUAUCGCAUUCAUUCAUAUCUGAUUUAUGUGUGGAUACUUUGAACUUGCCUGUUAACGAAUCUGAACAUAAGAUGGUAGUGUCUUCACCAGUAGGUGGGACAAUAGAAAUUUCUCGAACUUCCCCGAACGUAGAAAUUUUUAUGGGAGACCUUAAGCUAGUCGCUCACGAUUUGCAAGUUAUGACGAUAGGAGAUAUCAACGUAGUUUUAGGAAUAGAUUGGUUGACCGUGAAUUUUGCGACGAUUCAUUGUAAGGAGAGACAAAUAUCUCUACAGACUCCGGGAAAGAAACCCAUCAUAUACUACGGAAUCUCGAUGAACCGACGAACGUCUAUCAUCUCUACACUCCAAGCCACUACGAUGUUGAGAAAAGGGCGUCUUGCCUAUCUGGUCUAUCUACAAGGAGAUGAGAAGGAAGAAAGGGAGGUGGAGGAUGUCGCUGUGGUACGAGAAUAUCCCGACGUCUUCCCUGAAGCUUUGCUUGGACCACCGCCAGAUCGACAAUUGAAGUUCACAAUCGACCUAGCGCUAAGGUCGGUGCCUGUGCCCAAGGCACAAUGCCGAAUGGCACCUAAGGAGUUAGUGGAACUCAGGAUACAACUUCAAGAACUUAUAGACCUGGGUUUCAUUAGACCCUGUGUCUCAUCGUGGGGCGCUACUGUGCAUAGAAAAUCUGCCGGAUCUAGGAAACAGGUGCAAAUCGACCGGGCAGAUGCAAUCAAAGGAAAUUCGAAGUGA